GGAGAGCUGCACACGCAAGCACAUAGCCACACCCCUCUUUCCUACGCUCCUUCUUGUUGUCUCUCCCUUCCCCUGCCUAACAAGGCACAUCGAUCAAGUCCACAUCAUUGAAGCGAGUUUCUUCGUCACGCUCUAGGGAUUCCUCGCUGAUCAAGCAAGAAGCACCCUAACUGGGGCUUAGCAGCAGUAACGGGUCGAUGGCUCAUCAGGUCUCCGUCAACCGCGCUCCUCUGACGGCCUAUCAGCUCACAACCUCUAGGCCCUCCAGCCGAAAUGUCGGCGGACACGUCAGCGGACACGUCAGCGCCUCCCAUCGCCUCUGCUUGCAUCCCACUGCCACCCCACUACCUCCUCUCGGCGCGCCUCCUCCUGCAACGAAUCGCGUCACAACCGCUGUCUCCGCUUCUUAUGGCGGCGGGUUGAGUCCCUCCUUGCGACAAAGCCGAAGGCGACGGGGGGAGACGCUGGUAGCAUCGCGACAGUGUGCGACAGGUUUCGAGACGCCUGAAUAUACAAACAGCGCAACGCGGCAAGUGUCAAGUUCAACGCAAGCUUCAAGCUUGGCUAGGAAUCCGUCUCCUAGUAUCUCGAGCUCUCGAACACCGCACCGCUUUCGAGCAACGCUGUUAAGCAGCAGUGGUAUUGGGUCUGUAGCCUGCCGCGGGUUCGCUGGCGAGGAUUUUCGCUCGGGUUACCACAGUAGACACCUUCUUCGUCACCAUCAUUCGAAUUCGGAUUACCGACCAACCGCAUGUCGUAGGCGCGGGGUUACUGUAGCAACCAUGGCAACUGCCGAGGCAGGAUUAGGUUCGGGACUGCGGCCAGGUUUGGGAGGAACGGGAUUGGAGCUGGCGGUAGGUUCGGAGGGGCAGGGAUGGCAACGGUCAGUAGCGGUGAUGGAGGCGGUUCGGCAACUGGAAGCCAUGAUGCGAGAACCGGCCGCGGUGCUCGAUAGCAUGCAGGACAAGCUCUCUAUAGAGGACCUCGAGAUUCUCGUCGCGUAUUUCGCUCAACAGGGGCGCGACAUGUGGCAGGCCCUCGAGGUCUACGAUUGGAUGGUUCGCGGAAACCGCGUGGAGCGCCAGACGCGGCGCCUCAUCCACGUCAUCAUGGACCAGCGCCUCGGGCAGCUGCUACAGGAGGGCUGCCCGACGGAGAAAGUUUUGCGGCUGGUGGGCAGGAUGGUGGAUCUCGGGCUGCCCCCGGAUUUUCCGCUGAAAAGAAUGCUCGGGGAGGAGCUGUGGGACCGGGGGGCGGUGGUGGAAGUUGUGAAGCUUCUGAGAAUGUUCCUGAGCGAGGAGGAAAGUGCAUGGAAGGAGCAGGGGGUGGUCGCUGGAGUGAGGAUCGUAGCUUUGGAAGAGGGGGAGGAGGAAGAGAGGGAGGAGGAGGAGGAGGAAGAAGAGUGGGAGGACAGUGCGACGGAGAGUGUGUGGGGUGGGUCGAGUGAGAGUGAGGAUGAGGCGGAGAUUGUUGGCGAGGAGGGAAAUGGGGAGGUGAGGCGACAUGACUGCGCAACUCAAGUCUCGCAGCAGCUUGUGAACGCACCCUCGAGCCCCUCGAGCCCACCCUCGAGCCCCUCGAGCCCCUCGAGCCCCUCGAGCCCCUCGAGCCCCUCGAGCGCCAAGCUGGAGAUUCAGGAGCGGCUGAAGCUGCAGCUGCUGGUCAGAGCGAACAGCAGUGGGACGACUGGCAGCAGCAGUCGCAGCAGCAGUGACAACAGCAGCGGCGGCAGCAGCCGCAAGGACGUUGCUUUACAGAGAAUACCUGGGGGGGGACUGGAAGGGGGGGCAGAGGGAAGGAGGCGAGAUGGUAGUUUGUCAGGAGGGGAAGGAAGUGGGGUUUCCACCCAGCAGCAGAGCAGACCAGGAGGCAGAGAAGUAAGCGCAGGGGGGACAAGUGAGGCGACAGCAAGCACAGGGGGUGCAAGUGAGUCGAGAGUAGGGCAGGGGCAGGGGCAAACCGCAGGCAGAGAGGCAAAGGCGGGCGAGUUGGAGUCAGAGACAGUGGGGGAUGAGGCAGCAAUGCUGGCAGCAGAGGAACGAGAGGACCUGGUAGGGUUACUGCUGCUGAGAGCCGUUACAGCCGGGCAGUACCGCCAGGUGCUAGCAGUGCCACGGAUGCUGAUGGAGGCUGGGGUGGAGGUGGGUGUGGCAGGGUACAGUGCGGUGCUGGUGGGUGCAGUGAAGGAGCGGGAGAGGCUGAGUGUGGCGAGGAGGGAGCUGAGGGACCUGCAGCAGUCAGGAGUGGUGGGGCAGCUGUCGAUGGCUGACAGCCUGCUGCUAGAGAUUUAUGGGGCAACGCUGCAGAACGAGGCAGCGCAAGCAGUGCAGUGGUGUGCUGACAAGUGUGAGGCCGACCUGCAGAGACUAAGAGAGGAAAUCAGGGGGCGCGAGCAGCAGCGGGAGAAGCGGAUAUCAGAGCUUUUAGAGCCGGCCAGGGGGCGAGAGGGAGGGCGGGAAAAGAGAUUCGCAGAGCUGGCAGGUGUGGGAUGCAGAGGGGAGGAGGAGAGGGUACCACGGGACGAGGAUGGGGAGGGGGCGGAAGAGGAGAGGUGUAGGUUGCUGGAGCCUGGUGCUUCGUUGUUGCUGCUGGACUUGCACCACAGUGGGAGACGAGAGGCGUUGGAGCGGGGCGGGUCAGUGGCGCAGAGGGAGGUAGUGCUAGGAGUGGAAAAGGAGCUUUCUGAGAAUUCUCAAGAAUCACCUAGCAGAUGGGAAGCCCAAGCGAUGCAUAGCGAGAGGCAGCAAAGGGAGAUGCAGAGACUAGAGAAAGAGAGGGAGAGGGAUCGGCAGGUGCUGCUAGCAGGGGAGCUGGCAUCAGCGCGGGCACAAGCGGAUAUGCAACUGAAACUGGUGGCGUUUUGGUUCAACGCUGGCAAUGCGGAGAGGGCAGAGGAAGCAUUGUGGGGGGUGGUGGAGCAGGGAGGGCGGAUUCCCGUUGACCUGGCUUCGAGCGUGGCGGGGCUGUACUGCUACUGGGGCAACUAUAUGGCGCUCAAUAGCUUCGUGCGGCGCGUGGAGGCGCUCAACUGCCCGCUGGACGAGUGGGCGUAUGCGCUCAUGGUGGGGGGGUCCAUGAAGGGCGGCCAUCUGGACGUGGCUGCCUAUGCAAUGAAGGAGAUGGUGCAGCGCGGCAUGCACCCCAACGGCCACCAGCUGGCUCUCUUACUGAAGAGGUUGCAGAGGGGCGAUGCAGGGGUGGACACGUAUCUGGGGCUCUGCGCUGCUCUGGCUGACGUGGGGCUGGUGGAGCCCACCCUCGUGUACCUCUACGUUGACCUGCUGCGCCUCUGCAUCAUCCGCAUGCUGUAGCAGUGUGAAUGCUGCAGUGGCUGCAGGGUGGACGUUUACCUGGGACUCAGUGCUGCUGCUCUGGCUGACGUUGGGCUGGUGGAGCCCACCCUCGUGUUUCUCUACGUCGACCUGCUGCGCCUCUGCAUCAUCCGUAUGCUGCAGCGGUGUGUCUUCGCUUCAACUCAGAUGCAGGGGUGUGGGGGGGGGGGUGCUAGGGCUGGUCGAGCCCACCCUCGUGUUUCUCUACAUCGACCUGCUGCGCCUCUGUCAUCCGCAUGCCGUAGCAGUGUGAAUGCCUUCACACUCAUAUCAUCGCCCAUACAAGUGUGGAUGCAUAUCUGGGCCUCUGCGCUGCUCUCACUGCCGGCUGGUGGACGGAGGCCACCCUCGUGCACCUCCUCUGCGUUGACCUGCUGCUUCCGUGCAUCAUUUGGAUUCUGUGAGUUGCAUGCUACAGUGGCCGAGCCUUCACAUAUCCCCCGUCCACGGGGGUGCUACAGUGGCCUUCACAUAGGUAUCCCCCUUGCUGCAGGGUGGAUGUCAGGCCUCAGGAUAUCAGGGUAAAAUACCCUUACGGCCCUUAUAAUAAGGGUGGGGUAGCUGUUGGACCCUUAUUUUUAAAAGUGGUUUAGUUUUUGACCCUUAUGAAAAAAACUAGAUCUAUACGGGACCCUGUUUUUUCAAAGUGGUCGAGUGUAGGGACCCUGAUGCGGAAAAGUGUUGUGUAAAAUCACCCUUACACAAUCACACAUGCGAUCCCCCCCUGAAAUAUUUUAUCCCCUUGGCAACCUCCCGCUUUCGCGCAUCUCUGUGUCAACCUGCUGCGGAUGUGCUUCAUCCGCAUGCUAUAGUGCCCACUGCCCAGCCUUCGGGAUGCUGUGUUGCCAGUUCGACGCCUUGGACACUGCAUCAUAUUGUACACUUUCUUUCCUGCAUGCCUUCGCUUCUUAGUAGCUGCGCAGUGCACAACCAACGGUAUGCCACACAUUGUGGCCCUUAUAUAUUUCUGUUAUCGU